CUUUGAUACGCCACAACCCGUCGUCCUGUCCAUCACACCCCCUUCUGUCCUUCUCAGCGCGCACAGCGCAUUGGCAUCAUCGACGAGCAGCAGCAACGCAUCGACUCAUACCCGGAUCUUGCGUCUUGCCCAAGCCCAUAAAGAGUCGCCGGCGACUGCUCGCAUCUUGCUCUCCUCUCCCCACCAUCACACCAAAGUCAUCUUUAUCAACGGCAAGCCGCCAGCCAUUAUCAGCCAGCCCCAUCACACCACACCACACGACACACAUCACGCAAUGUCCGUCCACAACACCCUCUCGGUCCUCUACGCGGACCGCACACAAUACCAGAUCAACGCAGCUCAAGCGUCCAUGCCAAAGCAUGACGGGCUGCUAGGUUCCGAGCCCCAUGUUCCUCGCCGAUGGUUCGUCCUGCGCUCCGGCGACGUUCGCCGUGCCCUCGACUCGACUCACGGCCGCGCUUCCCACACAUACCGCGUCGAGGUCCUCCGCCAGUACCUCAUCACCAAGGAGCUCAACGGCUACACGCACGACAAGGCGGGCCUUCUCGCCAAGCUCCACGAGCUGGAACAGAGCUAUGGCCAGUAUCCCGAAGCCUUCCAGGCUGCCCGCGAGCAGUUUGGCCUCGGACUGAGUCGCAAGCCGUCAAGCACGGCCGAGAAGGCCAUCAAGAUCAAGGCGUCGCUGCACGCAUUGCUCGGCGACGGCCCGUCGACCCCGUCGGAUCCAACCACGCGCCACGUGCACUUCUCCAUACCGCGUGCGUCGCCGACGCAGCGCACGUCGUUCGAGCUGUGGCAGGACAACCGCCCCCCGGGCGAGUAUAAUGACAAUAUUCCCAAUCGUGGCGCGUCGGCGCGCUCGAUCCCGCCAGCAUCAUCGCUGGUGGGCUCGGGCGCGUCGACGCCGGCACUGAGCGAGAGCGACGGCGACGAGCUCGACGAGCUCGUCACCCCGCCUAUUCCGGGCAGUCCCGCCGAGCUGUCGUCCGACGCCGAGAUCGCCGCCAAGGUCGCACGCUUCACGGCUGCCAAGGCCGAGAUUGACCACUGGCUCGACGACGCCGAGGUCGAGGGCACGGUCGUGGGAGCGUUUGCCAAGUAGAUACAUCCGUACUGUACACUACCACUAAUCAGU